CACAUGCAACAUACGUCGUACAUACAAUGUAUGGAACAAUGAAAUUAUUGAGAAAUUGGGUGACGUACGACACAUUCGCAAUUUAUGACGCUGAUUAAAACUGCCGCGUGCGGGCGUCAGAGUGUGUUUCUACCCAUUUCUACCGCUUCUGCGGCGACUAUAUACCGGAUCACAUUCACGUCGCGUGGCGUCAGUCGAGUCCGAUCGAGUCUCGGGUAGUCUCGAACUGCGAACAGCGCAGUUAUUUUAUACUUUUUCUUCUUAUAUUGCGUCGCAUUCUUAAGAAAAAAAUCACCGAUACCUUUCUUUGAACACAAGUGAUUAAUUCAUUUAUAAAAUCACCCACAUUUCAGGUGCAAAUCCAAAGAGUUUUGCAACAUUAUGAUAGAUCAUCAACUAGUCAAGAUGGGCUUCAAUUUGUCUUCCUCGAUUUUCAUCGUCCUUUUGUUCAAGUCUCUUACGCACGGCUUGCCAAUGCUAGAGGAAGAACUUUACGAAGGUAGUCACUGCAAGCUGGAGAACGGCAAGACGGGCGUGUGCAAGAAAAUACACGAGUGCCCAUCCAAAUUACGAGAGGUGAUAGAGGGUAAAAGGAGCUCAGAUUCGAUGGGGCGUUGCGGCUUCCAGGACUUCACGGAGAUCGUCUGCUGCCAGUACAACAUCACGGAUAAGAUAGGGCUUCGGCCAGCGGAGAUAGCAUGCCGGCAAUACGAGAACGAGAUAGGAACAAGUAGCAAAAGAGCGAUAGCGGACAACAAUGUGGAAUUUCACAUAUUCAGCGGCAUGAGAGCCGAGCGUGGAGAAUUCCCGUAUAUGGUCGCGCUGGGAUACGAGAACGAAGACAAGGACGACAGCGAGAAUUCGGACGCUAUCGAGUACAACUGCGGCGGCACGUUAAUCUCGUCGGAAUAUGUACUUACCGCCGCUCACUGCGUGAACAGCAUGCAAGAGAAAGUACCGAUAGAGGUAAGGGUCGGCAGUGAGGAUUUAAAGAGCGUGGGCGAUGAUGUGCAACGAAUUCCCAUAAUCGACGUGAUAACGCAUCCGCGUUACAAGCGCAGCAUGAAUUAUAACGACGUGGCCAUCCUGAAAUUAAAGACGCCUGUACGUAUGACGAGUAACGUGAGGCCGAUCUGCAUCCAAACGAAGUCUCUCACCACUAUGGAUAUGUCGACGAAUGUAUCGUUCAUCGUGAUCGGUUGGGGCGCUACCAGUUUCACCGAUGACGGCAGCACCAAGUUGAUGAAGACGCCGAGUCUCAGUCUCGUAGAUAGAGAGUCGUGCGCCAAGUCGUUCAACGGUUUCAGUAAAUUACCUCGCGGCUUGGACGACAAUAUGAUAUGCGUAUUGGACACCAACGUUACGAGAAGAUCGGAUGCUUGUCAAGGCGAUAGCGGCGGGCCCCUGCUAAUGUUCACCGGACCCAAUCACAGCAUUGUAGGAAUCACAGCGUUCGGGCAAAGUUGCGGUGGAUCCAUACCGGGGGUUUACACAGCGGUAUAUUCCUAUUUGGAGUGGAUCGAAAGACAAGUCUGGCCGGAAAUAAAUGACGAACGAUACAGAUGAGUCAUGAGUCACACAACUCAAGUUUUGAGUUUCACUCUCAUUUAUGUAACUCUCAAAUCGACGACGCGAUUUGGAUAUUUUUAAUAUCGUUCAUAGUAUCGUUACGAGAAUCUAGUCUGAUGCUAUUGCAUGAAAGAAAUAUAAUAUAGCAUUCAUUAUGUUCUUCAAUUUUCAUCUCUCGUCUUACUUUUGUAAUUUUAACGAGUUUUAUACUUUUAUAUUUGUAACUUCAUUUGACAGUAAAUAUGUCUUUCUCUAUGUGUGUAUGUGUCUUAAUAAGAUAUUGUGAAUAUAUUCUGUU